AUGCUAUCUCGCGCACUACUUCAUUUUCUCUUCCUCACCGGGGCGAAGGCCGCCUGGCCCACCUCUUACGACGUGACUCAUAUUGCGCCCGAUUGGAUCGACCCUAGCGACUGGCGAACCGUCGCCCUUCGCAACCCCCCAGCUGCGGCUGAGAUCGUCGAGUAUCGCAUGGACGUUCUCAGGGCAGUCCCGCCCGACGUGAUCAAGAGGUACACCACAUCUUCGUCCAGGGGCACGGCCGGCGUGUUUUCACACUCAGUGAGCCCCUCCAACGAGACACGCGUUGCCGGGGACGCGGGCCACCCGGUAGACCUCAAAACCAGAGACGUCCUCAAUGGCAAGGAUGACAGAGUGCUCUUCUCGGACAUGAAUUGGCCGUUCCGCGCCAUCGGCAAAUGGGUGUGGACAAAGGACGCGGAUCGUCGCGCAGGCUUCGGGUGCACGGCGACGCUCAUCGGGCCCCGCCAUCUCCUCACCGCACGAUACUGCGUGGAUGAUAUUUGGAGCGGCCUCUUCAUGCCGGGCUAUGACGAAGGUGAGCGUUUCCCACGCGCCUGGGCGACAAAGAUCAUCGUCUCGGACCGCUCGCAGCUCGUGAGCUCCUGCUAUCGGAAGCAAGAGUGGGCAAUUGUCAUCCUGAACCGACGCGUGGGCGACGAGGUCGGGUACAUCGGCACCCUGCGCAACCAGGUCCAGGAAAAGUUCCGCACCUUAGGCACCCUGACCACCCUCGGGUACCAUCUGGACACAGACAAGGAUUGCGAGCGCCCGUACCGGGAGACUGGCAUCACGGGCGUGCUGGCGCAGAUUUAUCUCUGCGAUGCUGCGGGCCCGGUGCGGUGCUACGCAGACGUGAGCAUCGGCGCCGCCGGGUCGCCCAUCUGGGAGCGGGACGAGAACAGCGAGGAGCGCUGGAUCCUCGGCACCGCAUCGUUCAGGAGCAAGCUGGACACCGAGUAUGCGUCGGGAAACGAGAUGCUGGCGGCCAUUGCGAUCGCUAGGCGGGACUGGCCUUGACCAGAGACAGGGAGCGAACGAGCUGUCCUUCAUUCUACAAGCAUGGUGACAUGGACGAGUAGUUCAGACCAGUUCUCGAGUGAGACACUGGAAGAACAUCGAGGUCGAGAGCGCA